AUGCAGUCCGUUCUCACCAUCGCCACCCUGAUCACCGCCGCCUUCGCCGGCGUGAUCCCCCGAGAUGAAGACAACGGACCCGUCAACAUCCCCGUCGACAGCGUCGGCAACCCCAAGGGUGAUACGGUUCAGGCCAUCACGCACUUGUACAUCUGCUCCGACGCCAACUUCUCCGGCCGUUGCCAGAACUUGGAGUCCAACACUGGGCAAUGCUACGACUUGGGCAACGGUUUCAACGACGUUGUUUCAUCACUUGGGCCUGAUGCGGGAACUUCUUGCACUAUCUGGGAGAACGCUGGAUGCACGGGAGCCUCCAUCGUCAAUAUUGUCAACCCUGGCAUCUACAAUCUCGCUGACUCCAACUGGAACUUCAACGACAAGAACAGAUUGCUGACUACUGCCUUUGCUGCUAGUGAGCUCCUACCGGUGCUUCUAGGUCCGGGUUACGCACCUUAUCCAGCACCGACGAUCCAAAACUACGGCCACUCUGAGGCGGAUGACAGAAAGCUUUAA